UUCAGUCCCCCGCUCUCAACCUGUGAGGUGAAGCUGGUUCGCCCGCCUAGGGACAAAGUUGAUUAACCCGGAAGGGAUAAUAAAAAAAGGAAGCGAGCUAUACAAAUCAUGGACGAGAACACGGCAGUGCAAUACUUGGACUCCUUGAUCGGUCGAACCCUCCGGGUGCACGCGACAGACACGCGCAUUUUCGUGGGCACCUUCAAGUGUACCGAUGCGGCACGAAAUAUCAUCCUUGCCAAUACUCACGAGUACCGUUAUCCCUCGCCCUCCGCCGUUCGAGACGCCGCCACGGAUGCGAAUGAGCUAGCCGCAGAAAGCGCGGGGACCGCACAGAAUAUUAAUAUCAAAGUGUCCAUGACUAGUCGAUUUAUCGGGCUGGUGGUCGUCCCCGGUCAACAUAUUACUAAAAUUGAGUUGGAAGAGACCCCGCAACAGGGUCGGAUGCGGGACACCCUACGAUCUUAGUGAGGUUGCGAUCUCCCAUCGG